AUGCAAAAUUACAAUUUAGUUAAAAGUUCAACACAAUUAAUAGAAACACCUUUAAUAGAUGAAAAUUCUAACAAAAAUAAUUUAUCGGCAACAUUAAUCCUAGACGAUAACUUAAAAUGCUUAGAAGAUAGUAAUAAUAAUAAUAAUAAUAAUAUUAAAAAGGAAGAAAAUAAAAAUGAAGACAUUUCAAAAGAAAGAAGUACAUCUACCUUCACAAUAGAUGAUAACAACUUAAAAAGUUCAGAGGAAAAAAAUUUUGAGGAAAUAGGAAAAGAAAAUGGUUCAUCAGAAGUUAAAAUAAAUAAAGAACCAGUAAUUUUAAUUGAUAAAAUUGAAAGAUGUUUAGUAGUGGAAUGGUAUGAAAAUGAUAUUAGAAGAGAGCAAAGAAUAUCGUAUAAAAAAUAUGGGAAUGAUAAGGCAAAAUUAAGAGCAAAAGAAUUAAUUGAAAAAUUGAAAUCAGGAAUAACUUUUGAACAACUAUACCCAGACAAAGGACCACCUAUAGUAAGAGUUUUUGAAAAUAUUGGUGUUUAUAAAGUAUCGUUAAUAAGAGAUAGGAUUGAGAGAGAAUGGAGAGUAGAAUGGAUAGAUAACGGCGUUCCAAUGAAAGCUAGAUGGUCAUGUAAAAAAGUUGGAAAUGAUGAAGCUCAAAAAAGAGCUGACAAUUUUGCUCAAAGUAUGAUUAAAGGAGUAUUUAACCCAAUAUUGUUACACAAAGCAACUGGAACUAGAUUUUCAAGGUCAGAUAGAACUGUAGUGAAAAUUAAUGUAUACAUGAAAAAAAAUGUAAAAAGAAAGAAUAAAGGAAAAAGUAAUAGAUCAGAAAAAAAUACAGCAAAAGAUAAAGGAAUAAAAGAUAAUCUAAGAAAAAGCAAAGUUGACAAUAAUAUUGCUGCUACUACUACUACGAACAGUAAUAAUAGUAAUAACAAUUAUAAUUAUAUUAAUAUUAACAGCAAUAAUGUUGAAAGUGAACUAAAUCAGAAUUUGUCUAAUAAUCAAUAUAAUAUGAAAAACAUGAAUAUCAUUGCCAAUAAUAAUAUGAAGUUAUUAGAUAGCAACGAGAGCUAUCAACUAAAUAGUUAUGAUAUGAACGCAAAAGAGAUUUUUGAUAAAAAAGGAGACUAUUCCAAAUCUAAAAAUAUGAAGAUUCCUAAAACGAGGAAUAUUUACAAAAAUGAUAAAAGUAUAAUGACUAAUAAAGGAAAUAAUAAAAGUACUGAAGAUAUAAAUAUGGAUGCUUUCUUAUAUAAAAAUAAGUUUUCUAAUAAUAAUGAUAGAAAAUGUGAUAUACCUAAUAUAUUUAAUGAUAGUAAUAUACUGGAUGACGAUAACAAUAAAAUGGAUUCUAAAUUAAAAAAUAGUUAUUAUAUAUCUACUGGAAAUUACGAUAAUUUUGAUAACAAUAAUAUUGUUGAUAAUGAAUAUUCUUCUCAUUAUCCUUAUCUACAUAAAAAUAAUAAUUCCUCAGAAUAUAUAAAUUACAAUAUUGAAAAUAAUUUACAAAAUAAUUUGCAAUAUAGGAGUGAAGAAAACUUUUGUGUUAAUUACAUGAAUCCUAGUGAAUAUGCAAAAAAUAAUAUAAAUAAUGUUUCGAGUAAUUUUAAAAAUAAAAAUUACUAUGUAUUUAACAGUAAUUCUUCUUUAAUUAAUUAUAAUAGUUUAGAUAAUUCUAAUGAUUUAAAAAAUAAUAAUUUUAUUAAUAAUAAUGAACUUCAAAAGAAAAGACUAUAUAAAGAAAAUAUCUCUAAUUUAAGCAAAUAUAAAAAAAGAGUAGUAGAAGAAAAUACUAUGAAAAAUUUAAAUGUUAAAAGAAAUGGUAGAAAAAAGGAAUAUAAAUAUGAGAGAAAAUUAAGAAAUAUAAAUAAUAAAGGAGAAAAAAAAAAUAGAAGGAGGACUAACAGAAGCACUAGAAAUAAUGACUCAAUUAAUGAGCCUUAUAAUUAUUCUAUGUGUUAUAAAAUUAAUGUAACAAAAAAUAGGAAAGUACAAAAGAAAGAAGAAAAUAAUGUGAUAAAAGAUAAAAUAAAUAAUAACUCAAGAAUUGAUAGAAGAAAAAAACAUGAUUUUUUUCUUAAUGAAAACUAUGAACUUAAAAAGGAAGUAGUGGAUGACGAUGAAGAGGAUAAUCAAGAAAAUGAUGAAUGUGCAAAAGAAAAAAAAGACAAAAAAGAAUCUCACUUAAGCAUAACUGAUGAAAAUGUAUAUUCACAUAAUACAUUAAACAAAAAAAAUGCCUAUGAUUUUUAUAAUCAAAGAAAUGUAACUAGAUCAGCUUAUAGAUUAUAUAAAUCAAAUAACGAUAAAAAUAUAAUGGAAUAUAACUAUAAUAUGUAUACACUGAAUAAUGAUAAUAAUACUAUAGCAAAUGGAAUGUAUUCUAAUAAUUUAUCUAGUAAUAAUGCAAGUGAUAAUAGUAAUAUAUAUUAUAAAAAUGAUUUAAAUAAUAUUGUAUAUGAUAAUAUAAAUGAAAAAAAUGGAUAUUUAAUGAAUUUUAAGAAUAUAAAAGACAAAAAUAAACUAAUAAAUAGUUAUAAUUUUGAUGAAAUAUAUCAUAAACCAGAUAAAUUUAAUUUCAAUUUUUUGCCAAAUAACGCAGUUGAAUUUGUUGAAAAUCCUAGAGGGUACAGGGUAGCUUAUGAGUAUCAAUCACAAAUUUUUUAUGAAUAUUUUGAAGUUCCUUUAAAUUCUCAUAAAGAAUUUGAAAUUCAGCAAAAAUAUUUUGCAAAUUUAUUUUCUUUACAUAUAUUAGCAGUUGGGUGGAAUGCUAAUAAAAAUGUUAAUACACAAAAUUAUAUUCAAGACUUAUCAAAUUCUUUUCUUCAAAAUAAAAGCAUUUUUGAUUUACCAUCAUGUAGUGAGAAAGAUGUAUUAAACAUUAAAACGGAUGAGAAAAAGGAAGACAUUAAUUUUAAUAUAUGUGAGAUGAAUUCAUAUUAUCCUCAAUACAAUUAUAAUAUUACGUAUAAUAAUAAUUAUUUCUAUAAUACGGAUAAAAAUGAUAACAGCAAAGUUAAUGGUAGUAUAAAUAUAUAUAAUAACUCAAAUCAAAUGGAUAUGAUAAACUCAGUAAGCAACACAAAUAGUGUAAAUCGGAUAAAUGAUGUGAAUAAAUUAAAUAAUUUAGACAAUUUAAAAGAUGUUAAUAAUUUAAAUGAUACAACUAAUUUAAAUAAUGCAAAUGAUUUAGAAGAUGUAAAUAAUUUAAAUAAUACAAAUAAUUUAAAUGAUAUUAGUAACUUAAAUGAUAUUAAUAGCUUUAAUGAUAUUAAUAAUUUAAAUGAUAUUAGUAACUUAAAUGAUAUUAAUAAUAUAAAUGAUAUUAAUAAUAUAAAUAAUAUUAAUAACUUAAAUGAUAUUAAUAAUAUAAAUGAUAUUAAUAAUAUAAAUAAUAUUAAUAAUUUUAAUGAUAUUAAUAACUUGAAUAAUAUUAACAAUAUAAAUGAUAUUGGCAAUUUUAAUGAUAUUAAUAAUUUUAAUGAUAUUAAUAACUUAAACGAUAUUAAUAAUUUUAGUGAUAUUAAUAACCUAAACAGUAUUAAUAAUUUAAAUAAUAUAAAUAAUUUAAAUAAUGUUAAUGAUUUUGACAGUCUGAAUAAUAUACAUGAAUUAAAUGGUAUAAAUGGUUUAAAUCAUAUGCUUAAUAUUAAUGACUUAAGUAGUAUUAAUAAUUUAAGUAACAUAAAUAAUUUAAGCAAUAUAAAUAAUAUUAAUGAGGUGAAUAAUUUAAAUAAUAUUAAUAAUUUAAAUAAUUUAAACAAUUUAAAUGAUAUCAAUAACUUAACAAGUAUGAAUAUUUUAAAUGAUAUUAAUAAUUUAAACAAUAUAAAUAAUUUAAAUAACAUAAAUAAUAUAAAUGAUAUAAAUAAUUUAAAUAAUGUAAAUAAUUUAAAUAGUGUAAAUAAUUUAAAUAAUAUGAAUAAUUUAAAUGAUAUAAAUAAUUUAAAAGAAUUAAACGAUAUAAAUAAUACAAAUAAUAUGAAUCAUAUGAAGAAUGUUGUUUGUUUAAAUAAUAUGAAUAAUCUAGGAAAUUUAAAUGAAAUAAAUAACGUAAGCGAUAUAAACAAUAUAAAUGAUAACGUAAAUAAUGUAAGUGAUAUAAAAAAUGUAAGAAAUGCAAAUAAAUUAAAUGAUAUAAAUACUUUAAAUAAUGGGAGUACGAACUUUUCAAAUAUAAAUUUAACUGAGUUAAGCCAAAUUAAAAUAAAUAAUGAUAAAAGAAAUAUAAACUCAAUAACAAAUAAUAAUUUUAAUGUAGUAUAUGAUGAUAUAAGUAAUUUUGUUGAUAUUAACGGAAAUUUUAGUUAUAUGAAAGAAAAUAAUAAAAAAUUAAUGAACAAUUUAAAUAAUGUAAAUGUAAAUGAUUUAAAUACAAAUAUUGAAUACAAAAAUAUGGGUAUUUAUCAGACACUAAGUAAUGGAGAAAGCGCAAUGUGCUUUAAUAAUUCUGAUGUAGAUCUACAUAACAAUAAUAAUAAUAAUAAUAAUUAUAUAAAAAAUGUAGUAAAUGAAAAAAAUGAAAAUGAAUUAAAUGCAAAAACGAGGUGUAAUAUAAUGAAUAAUUAUAAUUCGUUUAAUAACAAAGAUCAUACUCUUGAUAUUAAUGAUGUUAAAAAAGAAGAAUACUAUAAAAAUAUGCAUAAUAUAAUAGAAGAAAAUAAAGAAUUAAAUUUAAAAUCUGAUAAUUUAGAAAAAAGAAAUGAAAUAAUUAAUCAUGAACAUAAAGAUUUACUAUUGAAAGGAAAUGACGAAAAUAAUAAAAAAUGUUUAAUUAACGAUAAAUUAAACAUAAUAGAUAAAAAUCUAUUAAUAGAUAAAAAAGAUUCAUCUUCAACUAUUUCAAAUAAGGGAUAUAUUGAAAAUGGUAAUUUGAAACUAAAAUAUUACCUCAAUAAUGAAGAUAAUUUUUUAAAUACAAACGAACAUAUAAAUUAUGAAAUGAAUUAUAAUUUAAAAAAAUAUCAAAAAAAAGAUUCAGUAAAUGAUUUAAGUAAGGAAUACACUACUUAUUAUAAUAACAAUAUGGAAUAUGAUAUAUUUAAUAAACAAAAUUUUCAAUUUAAAAACAUGAUAAACAAAUUAGAAAAUUAUGAUAAUAUUGAAAGAGAAAAAAAUUCAUGUGAUAAUAUAGUAAAUAGACACCCUCAGUUACAAUUUAAGGAUUCUUAUUAUAAUUUAAAGUUAUUGAGUAACGAGAAUAAUCUAUUAAAUGAGAAUACAUUAGAAAAAAAUAACAUAAAAAAGGUAAAUAAGAACUUUAAUAAAUAUGAGGAUAUUUUAUAUGAUUAUUAUUUUAAAAAAAAUGCUCCAGCAAUGACCUCUAUAUCUACAUCAACUACUAAUACAAAGGAUUUAAAUAAUUAUGAAUAUUAUUCAAAUAAAAAAAUGAUCAAUAAAUUAAGAACUACAUCUAAUUCUAGUACAAUAAAUACUGAUUAUUUAUCAAGUAAUCUUCUAAACUCUAUAAGUAUUAACAAUAUUUCUCACUCUAAUAAUCUUAAUGAACAAUUGCAAAAAUGA